AUGUUGAUGCAACGAAUACUCUUUCUUUCUGGAGUUGUGUUACUGCACUACUCAUGCUUACUUCACCUCGCCAUUUCUUCUUCAAACCUCACAGAUCAAUCAGCUCUCCUUGCCAUUCAAUCCAAACUCACUGUCGACCCUACCAAUACUGUCUUGUGUGGUAACUGGACCACUGAAACAAGUUUCUGUAAUUGGUUUGGGGUUUCUUGUAGUAAACGCAAGCAAAGAGUGACUGCCUUGAAGCUUCCCUAUAUGGGUCUCCAAGGCACCAUUUCCCCUAAUAUCGGGAACCUCUCGUUCCUAGUCCUUAUUGAUCUACAAAAUAAUAGCUUCACAGGGUCCCUGCCACAUGAAAUCAGUCGCUUACAUCGUUUGAGAACACUUGUAGUCCAAGUUAACCAGUUGGAAGGAACCAUUCCUCCAGCUUUACAGCACUGUCAGAAGCUUGAAAUCCUAUCCCUUUCAUAUAACAGGCUAAGUGGUCGAAUACCUAUAGAGUUGGGUUUCUUACCCAAGCUUCGGAAACUAUAUCUUGGUGUAAACAAUUUUGUGGCUGGUAAUAUUCCAGUAUCUCUGGGCAACAUUUCAACAUUACAAGAAUUGAGUCUACCCGAAAGUGGUCUCACAGGUUCAUUCCCUCACACUCUACUUAACCUGUCUUCUCUGGUUACUAUAUCUCUGUAUAAAAAUAACAUUUCUGGAAGUCUUCAUGAUGUGGACAUCUGCCAUUAUUGGCCUAAUAUUCAAAUCCUUCAAUUUGCUAACAACAAAUUCAGUGGUGAGCUCCCUUCCAGAAUUGAUCGAUGCAGAGAGAUUGUGGUCCUUUCUUUCUCAAAUAAUAGGCUUAUCGGAAGUAUUCCCCAAUAUAUUGGGGCUUUACAAAAUCUUGAAGAGCUUCAUCUUGAUUUCAAUAGCCUAACUGGCUUUGUACCUCCCACUAUAGGUAACUUGUCGAACCUGAAGCAAUUUUUGGUCCAGAAUAAUAACAUUACAGGAGGUAUUCCGAAGGACUUGGGGCGCCUUUCUAAUCUGCAAAGACUCGUUUUGGCUAACAAUAGCCUAACUGGUGCAAUACCCUUUGAUAUUUUCAACAUUUCCUCCUUACAGAUUUUCUCAACAGCAUUCAAUUCCCUUUCUGGAACUUUUCCUUCAUUAACUGGAAUUUUACUUCUUAAUAUUGAAGGUCUCUAUCUUUCUGCCAAUCAAUUUACUGGAGCUAUCCCAGCAUACUUUUCUAAUUUUUCCAAGCUUCAUUUGCUUGAUCUUAGCCAAAAUUUACUUUAUGGAGCAAUACCCAUGAGUCUUGGUACCAUAAAGAAUCUCCAAAUCCUUAAUUUGGGCAGAAAUCAAUUAAGUGGGGAACCUGGAGUUCUUGAACUUAGAUUCCUUUCUUCUAUAUUCAAUAGCAGUUCACUGAGGGUUUUGGCUUUGGAUGACAAUCCUCUCAAUGGCAUCAUGCCUGAUUCUUUUAGAAAUCAAUCUUAUUCCUUCCAGAACAUUUAUGCCCCAAGGUGCCAAAUCAAAGGUCACAUACCAUCAUCAAUUGGUUUUUUGAAAAACUUGACCUCCCUUGUCUUGUUGAACAACAAUAUGACUGGAAAUCUUCCAUCAUCAAUUGGGGGAUUGGAGAUGAUGCAUAGAUUGUAUCUUGAUAGUAACAAUAUCGAAGGGCUCAUUCCAGAUGAGCUUUGUCUUUUGAGGAACCUAGGAGAGCUAUUACUAUCAAAUAACAACUUCUCAGGAGUGAUCCCAAGUUGUAUAGCAAACCUUGAAGGCCUUCAAAAAGUCCUCCUCAAUUCCAAUAGACUGACAUCAACCGUACCAAUGAGUCUAUGGAACCUCGAAAAUCUCGUGUUCCUGGAUUUGUCAUUCAAUUCUCUUAGUGGAGACUUACCUUCAAGCAUGAGAAAGACCAAGGUUCUUCAAAUGAUCGAUUUAUCCUCAAAUCAAAUCAGCGGAAACAUUCCAACUGUUAUUGGCGAAUUUCAAAGCUUGAGUUCUUUAAAUUUGUCAAACAACAUGUUUGUGGGAUCUGUUCCCCAAAGUUUUGGUGAUCUAAAAGGAUUGGAAAUUUUAGAUCUAUCAUACAACACCUUGUCAGGCACGAUACCCAAGUCCCUAGAAACGCUCAAAUACCUCAAGUAUUUGAACGUGUCUUAUAACAAGCUCUCGGGAGAGAUUCCUUCUGAGGGACCUUUUGUCAACUUCAGUGCACAAUCAUUCUUGGGAAAUAUGGCACUUUGUCAGAGAUCACCAAACUUUGGAGUCUCACCCUGCAGGAAUCCUAGGGCUCGCAAAUCAAGGACGGUUUAUAGUUUGCUCAAAUAUAUUUUUCCAGCUGUUAUAUCAACAGCAAUCCUCAUAAGUCUCAUUUCUUGGUGGAAAAUCUGUCAAAAACGAAAAGCAACCAUUCCAAGGCCAGCGGAACAGUUAAUAGCACCAGACCACUUAAUGAUAUCAUAUCAUGAUCUCUGUUUGGCUACUAAUGACUUCUGUGAAAGCAACUUAUUGGGAGUCGGGAGUUUCGGCUCUGUGUACAAGGGUGUGCUUUCUGAUGGGACAAUUGUUGCUGUCAAGGUUCUAGAUUUAAAAAUGGAGGGUGCCAUCAAAAGUUUUGAUGCAGAGUGUAAGGUGUGGCGGACAAUCCGGCACAGAAAUGUUGUCAAGGUCAUAACUACAUGCUCAAGCCCUGACGUAAGAGCUCUGGUGCUGGAGUAUAUGUCCCAUGGCAGCCUUGAAAAGUGGCUAUACUCCCACAACUACUGUCUAAGUCUUCUGCAAAGAGUGAGUGUGUUGAUUGAUAUUGCUUCUGCUUUGGAAUAUCUCCACCAUGGUCAAUCAGAAGUUGUGGUUCAUUGUGAUUUGAAGCCUAGCAAUAUUUUACUCGAUGAAGACAUGGUAGCACAUGUGGCAGACUUUGGCCUCGGAAAAGUUUUAGCAGAAAACAAGGAGGAAACACAAACAAGAACUCUUGGCACACUUGGCUACAUUGCACCAGAGUACGGUUCAGAAGGGAAAGUGUCUGCCAAGGGUGACAUUUAUAGUUUCGGAAUUAUGUUGUUUGAGAUUCUCACAAGAAAGAAACCCACAGAUGAACUGUUUUUUGGGGAACUGACUUUGAGACAAUGGAUAAAUGUGUCGAUUCGAGAAAGGGUGAUUAAAGUGGUGGACAAUGGUUUGUUAAGCAUAGAAGGUGAAAGAGAUAUCAAUUUCCUGGAGAGCAUCGUUUUGCAUAUCAUGGAGUUGGGCUUGGAGUGUACCUUAGAAUCACCAGAAGAACGGGUCGACAUAAAAGAAGUAGCGAGCAAGCUCAGCAAAAUCAAAUUGGCACUUUUUCAUGACAGAACAGUCUGUGUUUGAUGAUCCAGUAGCUUCAUGUUCUUUAUAUCACAGCAUUGCUACAGCUUGUUUUGCAUUUUGUAUCUUAUGUUUGCUAUGUAUGGUACACUAUAAGUAG